AUGCUUGCUCUCGUAACAAAUCCAGAUGGAGUACUUGCUCCAGGAACAAAUCCAGAUGGCGUGCUUGUUCCCGGGAUUAACCUGGAUGGCUUACUUACUCCAGGAACAACUCCAGAUGGUGUGAUUCGUCCAGGAACCAAUCCAGAUGGCGUGCUUGCUCCAGUAAUAAGUCCAUAUGGCGUUCUUGCUCCAGGAACAAGUCCAGAUGGUGUGCUUCUCCGAGGAAAAAGUCCUAAUUGUGCGCUUGCUCCAGGAACAUAUCCAGAUGGCGUGCUUGCUUCAGGAACAAGUCCAGAUGGCGUGCUUGCUUUAGGAACAAGUCCAGAUGGCGUGCUUCCUCCAGGAACCAAUACAGAUGGCGUUCUUGCUCCAGGAACAAGUUCAGAUGGUGUGGUUCCCCGAGGAAAAAUUUCUAAUGGUGUGCUUGCUCCAGGAAGAAAUCCAGAUGGCGUGCUUGCUUCAAGAACAAAUCCAGAUGGCGUGCUUGCUCUCGUAACAAAUCCGGAUGGAGUACUUGCUCCAGGAACCAAUCGAGAUGGCGUGCUUGUUCCCGGGAUUAACUUGGAUGGCUUACUUACUCCAGGAACACCUCCAGAUGGUGGGAUUCGUCCAGGAACCAAUCCAGAUGGUGUGCUUGCUGCAGGACCAAGUCCAGAUGGUGUGCUUGCUCCAGGCACAUAUCCAGAUGGCGUGCUUGCCCCAGGAACAAGUCUAGAUGGGGUGCUUCCCCGAGGAAAAAGUCCUAAUGAGGUGCUUGCUCCAGUAACAUAUCCAGAUGUCGUGCUUCCUCCAGGAAGCAAUCCAGAUGGCGUUCUUGCUUCAGGAACAAGUCCAGAUGGUUUGGUUCCCCGAGGAAAAAUUCCUAAUGGUGUGCUUGCUCCAGGAAGAUAUCCAGAUGGCGUGCUUGCUCCAGGAACAAAUCCAGAUGGCGUGCUUCCGCCAGGAGCAAGUCCUGAUGGUGUGCUUGUUUCAGGAACCAAUCCUGAUGGAGUGCUUCCUCCCGGAACCAAUCCUGAUGUUGUGCUUGCUACAGAAACAAAUUCAGAUGGUAUGCUUGCUCUCGUAACAAAUCCGGAUGGAGUACUUGCUCCAGGAACCAAUCCAGAUGGCGUGCUUGUUCCCGGAAUUAAUUUGGAUGGCUUACUUACUCCAGGAACAACUCCAGAUGGUGUGAUUCGUCCAGGAACCAAUCCAGAUGGCUUGCUUGCUUCAGGAACCAAUCCAGAUGGCGUUCUUGCUCCAGGAACAAGCCCAGAUGGUGUGCUUCUCCGAGGAAAAAGUCCUAAUUGUGUGCUUGCUCCAGGAACAUAUCCAGAUGGUGUGCUUGCUCCAGGAACAAAUCCAGAUGGCGUGCUUCCGCCAGGAACAAGUCCUGAUGGCGUGCUUGCUUCAGGAACCAAUCCUGAUGGGGUGCUUGCUCCAGGAACCAAUCCUGAUGGCGUGCUUGCUCUGGGAACCAAUCCAGAUGGAGUGCUUGAUCCCGGGAUAAACCUGGACAGAGUACUUGCUCCAGGCACAAGUCCAGAUGGUGUCCUUCCUCCAGGAACAAAUCCAGUUGGUGUGCUAGCUCCAGGAACAAAUCUAUAUGGCGUGCUUGCUCUAGGGACAAAUCCAGAUGGCCUGCUUGCACCGGGAGCUAAUCCAGAUGGUGUGCUUGCACCGGGAACAAAUCCAGAUGGUGUUUUUGCUCCGGGAACCAAUUCAGAUGGAGUGCUUGCUCCAGGAGCAAGUCCCAAUGGUGUACUUUUUCCAGGAAUAAAUCCAUAUGGUGUGCUUGCUCCGGGAACCAAUCCAGAUGGCGUACUUGCUCCAGGAACAAGUCCAGAUGGUGUACUUGCUCUAACAACAAAUUCAGAUGGUGUGCUUGCUCCAGGAACAAUUCCAGAUGGCGUGCUUGCUCCAGGAAUAAAUCCAGAAGGAGUGAUUCCUCCAGGAACCAAUGCAGAUGGUGUGGUUGCUCCGGGAAAAAAUCUAUAUGGUGUGCUUGCUCUGGGAACAAAUCCAGAUGCUGUGCUUGCCCCAGGAAGAAAUCCAGAUGGUGUGCUUGCUCCAGAAACAAAUCCAGAUGUUGUACCUUCUCCAGGAACAUAUCCAGGUGGUAUACUUGCUCCAGGUACAAUUCCUGGUGGAGUGGUCUGGAAAAUUAAGGAAAGCUUUGUAAUUUGA